GGAAGUGUCUCCUGUACCCAUGUGUGCUGUGACCUCACGCAACUGCCGCUCCACCCCACGCCGUGCAGGAUGGAGAAUAUGCUGAUCCACCACGUCAGAGGAAGUGUCUCCUGUACCUAUGUGUGUUGUGACCUCACGCAACUGCCGCUCUACCCCACGCCGUGCAGGAUGGAGAAUAUACUGAUCCACCACGUCAGAGGAAGUGUCUCCUGUACCUAUGUGUGUUGUGACCUCACGCACCUGCCGCUCUGCCCCACGCCGUGCAGGAUGGAGAAUAUACUAAACCACCACGUCAGAGGAAGUGUAAUUUGCUCUAAUAUGAAUGUAUUGACUCGUUUGAUCCAAGUGUAAGCAAACAUAUGUCCCCGUGUGCGCCGUGUUGAUGACGCCAGGUGUACACUUCCCCCUCAUGCACUGAGGUCUCUGCCCUGUAUGUACAUAUUCAUAUAACACGUGGCUGUAUGUACACAUGUCUAUAUUCAUAUAACACGUGGCUGUAUGUACACAUGUCUAUAUUCAUAUAACACGUGGCUGUAUGUACACAUGUCUAUAUUCAUGUAAUAGGUGGCUGUAAUGAAAUGUAUUCAAAUGCUAUGGCUAUCGACUCUUUGUCAUCAGAUGUGACCAUGUAACCUGAUGCCGAUACGAUCUGUGACUGUUGUGAGAUACAAGACGAAAGGCAACAUACAUGGCGACGUAGCUGCAGAAACUACAAGGACCACAUCAUUAUUAACAGGAAGUGUUUCAGAAGCAGUGAAAACAUCGAAAAUGGACUGUCGCUGUCUGCAUGUCAUGUUUCUGCUCAUUCUUACAGCAUGUCUAACAGUGGGUGAAAUCAAAGUGGAGAGUAUAUGUAAGAAGCUCGAGCAGGACAGCUCUCUCCACCUGACGUGUGGUCCUGCCCAGUACAUCGCCAUACAGACUGUGUCAGCUGGAGCUCGGGGUGUUGACUGCAGGGUGAACAGGAGUGUGGAAUGUAACUACGCGCCCCCCAACAUCACACAGCUGCCUCAAGUUACAGUAUGUAACGGCAACAACAGCUGUAACGUGUCUCUACAGUUGGUUGUCCAGUGCAACAACAAGGCCUACUUCGCUGACUAUGCAUUGGAGAUUGAAUACCAGUGUCUCGGGGGUAACUAUGAUGUCAAGUCUUCAGGUGUGCCCAACUCGGUUACAUUACCAACUUCGGCACCAAGCCAAUAUAUAACACCUACUGCAGUGAGAAUAUCAGAGUCAUCUACAGCACCAACAUCGGAUGAAGUGCCCACUGUGUUUCCGAGACUAAAUAUCGAGGCUUCUAUUUUACCCAACAAAGACGUCUUGCUCUCCUCAGUACCAACAACAGAUGAUGCUACUUCCACGGGACCUCGUGAUCAGACAACCGACCAGAGCGCUGUCCUUCCUGUCUUUUUGAUAGCUGCGUCGGCCGUGAUGGGAGUCCUUGUCAUCGCUGUCCUGGCGGUGCUCUGUGUCAUGUGUGGCUGCAGAAAGUGCGGGUUAACUCACAAACUAAUGGCCACAGCUUCACAACCUGGUCAUAUCAUUCCAAUGCCCGUUCCAAAGAAUCUGGUCGGCACCACUUGGCAGGAGCACGAUGGUUACUGGGAGCUUGAUCCUGCCGAUGUACACAAUGUCAGCCCUGUCGCCGUUGAGAGUGACACAGGUUAUGCAGAGUUAAACCCAGCAGAAAGUGAACAGAAACACAUCAGUGACUAUUUGGGGCAUGGAACACCUGUUCAACAUGUGCGUGAACUGGCUCAAUUUCUAAUUUCCAGUCCAAAGGAAGAUGGCAGUCAACACAUCCUGCAGUGUCCUAGCGUAUCACCAGAUAGCUCACUACCAGAAGCUCGGCUGGACGGCAGGGGGACAGACUAUCAACAAAUUCUAGUUCAAGGUGACAGACAUGACCGUCUGAACAUCAGGGACACCAUGCAGAACGACAUCAUGGACAUCAGGGACGCCAAGCAGAACGACAUCAUGGACAUCAGGGGAUUCAUCAUUGAUGCUGACAACCAUUAUGACAAAAUAACUUUUAGGAAACUGUAUCACGUGAAAGUAGAUGAAACAGAAGCGGACAAGCCUGAGAAUAAAGACUGAACGUUGAUGUUGUGAUGUUACCAUGGAUGCACUCCUUCUCGGGCACCAAACUUUACCAUUUAUAAACUAUCCUUCUGCUCGGAACAGUACCUUAGUGUUACAACUGUUUCACAAUUUAGAGAAGCCCUGGCUCUUUUUGAGGUGGUAGUUCACACGAAUUAUAAAUCGAAAGAGGAUUAUAAAUUAUAUUCUGCAACCAAGAGAGCUGCAAGUGUGUGAAUUAUGUACUUGUAACACUAUUGAAGAUGAGUUUCACUUUGUUAUGACAUGUUAUGCUUUUAAUGCCAUUAGGGCAAAAUAUAUUAGUCAGAGAUUGUAUGUUUACCCAUCUCUAGGUACAUGGCUUGGGGGUCGCUGCCGCUACAAUGAAGCCUUGUCAUGUGAAGAGAAGUCUCUUCUCUAGGCACAUGGCUUGGGUGUUGCUGCCACUACAACGAAGCCUUGUCAUAUAAACAGAAGUCUCUUCUCCAGGCACAUGGCUUGGGUGCUGCUGCCACUACAAUCAAGUCUUGUCAUAUGAACAGAAGUCUCUUCUCCAGGCACAUGGCUUGGGUGCUGCUGCCACUACAAUGAAGCCUUGUCAUAUGGACAGCAGUCUCUUCUCCAGGCACAUGGCUUGGGUGCUGCUGCCACUACAAUGAAGCCUUGUCAUGUGAACAGAAGUCUCUUCUCCAACACAUGGCUUGGGUGCUGCUGCCACUACAAUGAAGCCUUGUCAUGUGUACUGAAGUCUCUUCUCCAGGCACAUGGCUUAUGCGUCGCUGCCUCUACAAUGAAGCCUUGUCAUAUGAACAGAAGCCUCUUCUCUAGGCACAUGGCUUAGGUGUCGCUGCCACUAGAAUGAAGCCUUGUCAUAUGAACAGAAGUCUCUUCUCUAGGUACAUGGCUUAGGUGUCGCUGCCACUACAAUGAAGCCUUGUCAUAUGGACUGAAGUCUCUUCACUAGGUACAUGGCUUAGGUGUCGCUGCCACUACUAUGAAGCCUUGUCAUAUGAAUUGAAGUCUCUUCCCUAGAUACAUGGCUUGGGUGUCGCUGCCUCUACAAUGAAGCCUUGUCAUGUGAACAGAAGUCUCUUCUCCAGGCCCAUGGCGUGGGUGCUGCUGCCACUACAAUGAAGCCUUGUCAUAUGAACAGCAGUCUCUUCUCCAGGCACAUGGCUUUGGUGUCAUAUCGACCUCCACAUUAUAUCGAUAUAUUGUUUGAUUCAGUUUGUGGUCCAGGCAUUCUUUAUUGACACCGUAGUACGAUGUCGUCUCACAUCCUGUUUGUCACAACAAAUACCUCAUACAGUCAAUGGUCCGGAAGGUUUCAUUGUGUGGAAGCUUUUGUCACUCUUCUCAUUUUUGCAGUUUUGUUAAUAAGAUGCUAGUAAAAAAAUUAUUCAAUCUACAAAUGCUAAUUCCCAAUGUCAAAUGGAGCAUUGAUCCAAACAUAUUAUUCGCUGGUUAGUUCUAACUAGUUUGAACCUCACAGAAGUAUAACAUUAAACAUUACAUGUGUGUGCACAGGAUGUUCAGCAGGUCAGGAUGGAAAUUGUACCUUGCACUUGUCACCAUCGACAUGAAAUAACAGUAGCUAGUAACACUGUAUACAUUCUAAACUGUUAUCUCAUUGUGUUGUACCAUUAGAAAGAUUACUUUUAUAAAGCAUGAUAUAUUUCUCUAAUUUGUAGAACGCAUCUUUUGACUAUUAAUUCUUGUAGAUCUUCGUGUCACUAUGUGUAAAACGGAUUGUCACACCAAUCAAUGUCACCAUUUGUCGUCGUUUCUAGGUAUUACUUGUACAUCUGUAGUUUCAAGUUUUUGUAACAACCAACUUGAAUAUCGUUUACAUUACAUUUCAUCUCUAGCAGUUAUGCUUUAAGUGUGGAAUUAAAAAGAGAAAAACAUGCGC